AUGGCGAUCGCGGCAGUGGGCCAGAUAUGUUCGACGGCGAGCAUGUCCAACAACCUCGCCCAAUGUCAGAUGUUGGUCAGAAAAGCUGUUGCAGCUGGCGCAAAGGCACUUUUCCUGCCCGAAGCAAGCGACUACAUAGCGUCCUCGCCCGCAGAGACAGUGUCUUUAGCUCGUUCUACAGAGGACAGCCCUUUCGUGAAAGGUCUACAACAUGAGGCUCUCCAAGCAAGGUUGCCGAUUAAUGUUGGCAUUCAUGAGCCAGCGACCGGAGGGAAAAGAGUGAAGAACACGCUCAUUUGGAUCGAUGAGGGAGGAGUUAUUACUCAGCGCUACCAAAAACUCCAUCUUUUCGAUGUCGAAAUCAAAGACGGUCCUUCAAUAAUCGAAAGCAAAAGUGUUGAGCCCGGCUCCUCUAUCCUGCCUCCUUUCCCGACCAGUCUCGGCUCGAUGGGCUUGAUGAUAUGCUUUGACCUGCGGUUUCCCGCACUGUCUGUCCGAAUCCGUGAUCUCGGCGCUCAAAUUAUCACAUAUCCGUCCGCCUUCACAGUGCCGACAGGCAAGGUACACUGGGAAACGCUCCUUCGGGCCAGAGCCAUUGAGACGCAAUCGUACGUCAUUGCUGCUGCACAAGUCGGGCCGCAUAAUGAGAAAAGAGUGAGCUAUGGGCACAGUAUGAUAAUCGAUCCCUGGGGUAAGAUUGUCGCCGAGGCGGGUGGUGUGGAGGAAUGGAAGGGCGAGCCGGAGAUCAGCGUGGGUGAGGUCGACUUGGGAGAUUUGGAAAAGGUGAGGAAGGAGAUGCCUCUGCAUCUUAGGAGGGAUGUUGUCGACGUUGUGGAGACUAAUUGA